CGCGAACGACCCCACCGAGUCCCGGCCCCACCAGCGCACUACCUGGAAGUGGCCGCUUUCGUGCGGAUCAUCCGAGGCCCAAUGUCAUCGCUUGUGAUGAAAGGUGUCCCGAACGCCGGUUUAAAAGUAUCUACUUGAGAACUGGAUUUGGGAACUCGAAAUACGGUCACCAUAUCUUCUGACUUUGCCAUCACUAUGGCGAGCAAAUUCAUCCUUCCCGGAGCUGUGGCUAGUAUCGCCCUCGUCGCUGUCCUGACCCCCUUCCUCCGCAACUCCAACGAACUCCUCAACGUCUACCAUGACUUCACACCUUACCAUGCCUUCGUCUCCGCCCUCUCGUCUACGUGCUCCCUCCUGCACGCGGAUCAAUUCCUCGGCUGCGAGGACAUGAAGCUGGUCGACGAUACCAUCUACACCGCCUGCAACACGGAUCUUCGCAACCGCCAGAAAUACUGGCCGGAGUACUCCCGUCAACCCCGCCCUUGGUCGGGCGAUAAAUUCUUCCGAUGGGACACCGCCACCGACAGCGUCGUUGAGAUCGAUCUGCGCGGCAUCCCCGGCGAUGACGGCACCGCCGAAACCCGCUCCUUCCACGGCUUCGACGUAAACGUCCUCCCCGACGAGACCGUCAGUAUCUACGUGAUCAACCAUCUCCGCCACGAGAGCGUGGUCGAGAAAUUCGUCCACUCCCCCGACACCGCGUUCGCGACACACGUCGCACGGCUGAACACCACUGUCGCGGGCGCCCCGCCGCACCCGAACAACGUCUUCUCGCUUCCCGAGCGCGAUGCGGAGAACGCGAUUUUUGUCACCAACGACCAUCUGUACGCCCACGGUCCGCAGAGGAUCUUUGAAGAGAUUACACAGCGCCAGUGGGCGUGGGUUUCGUUCUACUCCGACAAGACGGGCUGGAAGAAGGUGCUCGAGAAUGUGGCUAGUGCCAACGGUAUCGCCGGCGAUAAGUCUGUCGACGGUAGACGCGUCUAUGUCUCUGAGAUCUUUAGGGGCAUCAUCCGUGUGCUUGAGCCUGUUGGCGACGAGGGCGAGCUGAAGGAGGUGCAGCAGGUGAAGGUGGGCAUGCUCGGUGAUAAUCUCGGACGGUUCGGUGAUGAUCUGUACAUCACUGGGCCUGCGAAGGGCCUGCCGGUUGAGCACUAUAUGCGAGACCCUGAGACAGCGGGAUCUCCCGGGAUGGUCGUCAAGAGGAUCAACACCAAGCAGCUCGGUGGCGGGUUCUUUGGUGGCGGGUACACCGCUGAUCCAAUUGUCGAGUUGCUGAUCAAGGACGAUGGAAAGCUGGGAAACAUGACUACGACGUCCGUGUUUAAGGCGCAUAAGAUUGAGGCGCCGGUGAAGGCCAAGCAAGAGGAGCAGGACGACGAGGAAAUGAUGGUCGAGGAGCAGACAACGGGCCAGCCGAAGGGUGAUCUUUUCAUUACCGGACUACAGUUCAAAGGUAUCAUGAAGUGCACGAACUUUGAGUAGGCGGCUACCAGGCUGUACAUAUGCUGGCGGCGAUAUUAUGUAUAUAAAAAUAGGGCGUGAAUGAAUGAACGAUCACGAAAGCUUAGCGGACG